GUCCCGCCAUCGCAAAGGCGAGUGAGCCCUCUGGGCUGCGGCAUACACGAUAUGUCAGUUGCCUCCCUUUCAUUGCCCAAGGCGACUCUUAUCUCGCUGAGUCUUACUUGCAUUCUUUACGGAUUCUCAUUGUUCAUGUUCUUUGUGACGCUAUGGGUCCUGCUGCAUGGUCGUUCCGCCACGGAAAUCAGCCGUUUGAUGUUGACUUUUACUUGCGUGUUCUUCACUUUCAGCACUGUGCACGUCGCCGUCCUCAUACGCCACACGAUUGAAGGCUUCUUAGACCAAGCUCUUCCAGCUGAAUGGUUCAAAGACAAAUCAUCCCCGACCUUCAUUACUAUCCUUGUCUUGUACGCUUGCCAGUGCUUCACAGGCGAUGCCGUCCUGAUAUACCGCUGUUAUGUGGUCUGGGAACGUCGUGCAGUCAUCAUUCUCAUGCCAGUUGCAUUCUUUUGUGGGUAUGUAGGUACUAUGUUCACCGGAAUAUGGGCCUAUGCUGUAUAUCAACGACGUCUAGCUCCCAUCAUGGUGGUCACCGCUGCUUGUUGCUCCAUUAUCGUCAACAUCACCUGCUCUUCAUUACUCGGUUUUCGACUUUGGAAGCUCAACACCCAUAUCCUCCCACAGCAGCUUCGUCACUCCGCCCUUCCCGUCCUCCACCUUGUCGUCGACGCUGCGCUGCUUUACACUUUGACCCUUGGCGUGACCCUUAUAUGCCUCCUGGUCAAUACAAACGCGAUGGCCAUCAUGAUCGAAUUGACCGUACCCUUAAUCGCCAUAAUUUUCUAUGGCGUCAUCAUUCGUGUUGGAAUAACCCGCGCGUCGCCCUCUACCUUCGAGUCGACGACAGACGGAAACGGAAGCGAAGCUCACGAGCGUUUAGAUUAA